AUGGAAGGAGAACUUACAUUGAAAAUAUGUAUAGUUGGAGAUGAAAAAUGUGGUAAAACAUCUCUUACCCGUAGGUUUAUUGGAGAAGAAUUUAAAGAAGAGGUUGAACCUUUUCCAGAGAAUUUAAUUACUAAAGAUAUUACUUAUGAAGGUAAAAAAAUUACAUUAAAUUUAAUGGAUCCAUUAGAUGAUGGAACUGGAACUACUGCAUCUUUUUAUAACCAUGCUAAUUGUAUCAUUGCAUUAUUUGAUCUUAGCAACAAAGACUCACUUCAAAAUUGUAAAAAUUGGUUAUCAUAUGGUGAUAGAUAUGUUGAUAAUGGUUAUGUAAAAGGUGUUGUUGGAGUUAAGAGUGAUCUUGAACGAGAAGUUACUAAAGAAGAAGCAGAAGAAGUUGCUAAAGGAUUAAAUUGUGAAUAUUUUGAAGUAUCUAAUAAAACAGGGGAAGGAUGUACUGAAGUAUAUGAUACUCUUUUAAAAGAAUUAUAUGAGAAAUUUAUUGCACCAACUGAUAAGGGUAAUGAUAAGAAAAGUCAGAAAAAAGGAGGUAAGAAAGAAAAAAGUGAAAAAAAGAAAUGUGUUUUCCUUUAA